GCUUUGACAGUAAAUAAAUUCUUCGCCCAAAAUCGAGUCGGACAGUAGUAAAAAAUACAUCACAGCAAUCAAGAUUGUGUAAAAGCCACGCCCAACGAUGGCGAACCGUGCGCCCAUGCUGCGAAUCGGGCAGCAAGAUCUAAAGUGCCGACAGGGCUGCGGCUUCUACGGCAACACACAGUUCGAUGGACUCUGCUCGAAAUGUUUUCGCGAGCGCAACGAUAAGCAGCGGAAAAAGCAGAGAGCCAGCGAGGAUCAUGAAGCGUUGAACACUGGCGCCAGUUCUGCCGGCGGAACCAUGGAGCGCAAGUCGCCGCAGCAUUCGCUCUCGCUGGGACGUGCCAAAACCAAGAAGCAACCCGACAAAGAGCAGCCACACAGCGAGACACCAACGGCCAGCACAAUGCCCAGGAAGAAGUUCACUGUGCCCGCUGUGCUGCAAAAGACAUUGAAAAAUAAAUUGGUAGUCCCACAACAGCCGCGUGUGCCAAGUGCCACCGAGAAGCAGUUUAUGCUGCAGCUGCGUCAGCUGCGCAUACCGGACGAUGCUAAGCGGAAGCUGAAAAGCGAAAUCCAGCGACUAGACCACGAGAUACGCAAAUACAUGAACAACAACAGUACCAAAAAUGUGGAUGAGCUGUCCGAUCUCGUGCAGAAUGCCUACACCAGAGUCGCGGAUAUUGUACACAACGAUCAACGCUUCGAGAUUGCCACCAACGAGGAUCGCGAUAGUGCCAUAGACUUCUACGAGAAAGUUGUGAUGACACAGAAUCACAAUCUCCUAUUUAGUCCGUACUUCACCACAGACGAAGAGAGCGAUAUAAAGGUCCAAAAGCGCAUACGACAAUUGAGCUGGAUAACGGCCAAGCAUCUAGACUGCAGCAUUGAUGAGGUCAAUGCGGAGGCGCGUGAUUUGGUCUACAAUGCCAUAUCGGAACUGGUGGGGAUCGACUCCUACUAUUCUCCGCAGGAGAAGCUGCUCUGCACGGUGCGUUGCUGUCGUCACAUUUUUGAGCUAUUGAAGCGUUCCACGGGCGGACCGGCCAGUGCAGAUGACUUCCUGCCGGCGCUUAUCUUUGUGGUGCUCAAAGCGAAUCCCGUCCGUCUGCACAGCAACCUGAACUUUGUCAAUCGUUUCACAAACGCCUCGCGUGUCAUGAGCGGCGAGGGUGGCUACUAUUUCACCAAUCUCUGCUCGGCCAUUGCCUUCAUUGAGAAUCUUAAUGGUGAGAGUCUGAGCAUUGGCGCCGAGGAGUUCGAUGCUUUGAUGUCUGGCGAACAGACUUACAGCACACCAUGGGAGAGCGCCCUGUUGGCCUGCGAGAGCCUGCAUCUAAUAUCUGAGAAUAUGAAAUGCAUGGAACAGCUUCAGAAACGUAACUCGGUUAUUAGCACGGGCAUUAAAGACUUUGAGCGCGAGCUAAUUGAGUUCCAGCGCGAGGUGACUGAGAAGGUGGACACGGUAAUGGCCAAGGCGCCGCUAACACUGCUGCCCAUUAAAACGCCGCCGUUUCUUAUAAGCCAGGCGCGCGCCCAUUUGGCACAGGAUGGCGUAGAAGCCGCUGCUGGCCACUACCAGUCAAAUCUAGUCAGUGGUGGGCUAGGUCAGCACCAGUUGACAGCUAAGGGUAAGGAAAAGGAACUCGCUACGCAGGAGAAUUCGUACUUGGAAGCGGCGCAUACCUUGGCACUCAAGGGCACCAGUAUUGGCUCUGUGGGACGCCUGUCACCGCUGCAUCAGAAUCUGCCGCAACCAGAUCAGCUCUUUGCCUCGCCCAUAUUCAAUUACACACCCUUUGAUGCAGUCUCGCUGCUGGAGGAAUCAUCCGAAAAUGGGGACGUGUUGAUGCUAGGCUCGGAAUUCCAGGGUGGAUUGACAAACAUCAACUACGACUUCGAUUUGUCUGAUCAAAGCGGCGAGAACAGCGUCGCAGAUGAGUCCAAAUUGAAUCUUGAUGAAUUUGAUCCGCUUGUGCAGCAGCGACAGCACAUCGUACAUACCGUUCCGAGCAGCGCGGCUGAGCUCAGCCUGCUGGACACCACAACGGACAGUUUAAUAGACAGCGAUGUGCCGCUCGCAGGUGUACUCUUGCCAUCCCCACUCAAGCCGGAGGUGGCCAAUUAUCGUGGGUUCUCCAAUUUUGAUAUUCCAAGCAUUUCCUGCAACACCGGGGACUUCAGUUCGCUCAACCAGGACGUCAACGAUCCUGGUGUGCCAGCUCCAAGCAACAAAUAAAUGUACUCGCCGCUCGUGCCCACUUGUAAAUAGCGUUGGAUUUUAAUUGCACAUAUUUAUUUAAGGACUUUAUUUAAUAAACUUAAAACUAUUGACGAUUUCCAAAUAUCAGCAGGAUAA